GGUACGAACAUUUUUAUUUGGUACUUUAUUUAUACAAGAGUAAUAAAAGAAAGUUUCUAUGAUCUCUUUUUGAAAAUUGAUUCUUUUAAACGGAUUACAUUCGCAAAAGGACUGCAAAAGAAUUAUAACAAUGAUUCAGGCCUUGAGUAUUUUAGCUGCUACAGCUAUAACAGUAUUCGCUGACACCUGCUACAAGACUUCCGGUUCGUAUGUCUAUUCUACAUACUGUAGUGGCUUCUGCUCUGGUACCUAUGGUCACGAUACCUGUUUACACUACUAUUCAUACUACGACUACUCUGAUGCUGUCAGUGUUGUAAGUACAGGUGUGAUAGCUGGCAUAGUGGUUGGAUGUCUGUUUGCUUUAGGAGUUGUUAUUGCAAUAGUUGUUUGCAUUUGUAAGGCAGUAGCGAAGUCCUCAGGAUCACAUGGCCAAAUCGUACAGCCUACAGCAACAUCCGGUACAACUGUAGCCUAUACCAACGCAUCUCAAAUCGGACAGCAAACAUAUUACGAUGGAAACACUACAUACCUUGCACAGCAACCAAAUUAUCCUCAUAAUUACCCGCCACCGUCUACUGGAUACCCGUCAAAUACAGCUUACCCGCCAAAUACUGGUUACCCUCCGUCAUCGAGCAAUACCAUAGCACAACCACCGCCAUAUUCUAACAAUACCCUUGGCGGUAUGGCACCUGUGGAUAUUCAGAAUUCCAAAAUUUAAUGGUCUUUGAAUAAUGUGACGGUGAUUUUGAUUUUGAUGCUGAUUUACAGAUCGAAAACAUUACAAAGUCAGGCAUAGCGUCUAUGAGAUUGGUCCUAACUUAACGUCAAACUUUGAUAUAUUU